AUGGCUGUAGGUGAGGUUGCUAGUUUUCGAGUCAAAAAAGAGCUAGUAUACAGCUACCCAUUUGUGUCAAAAACUUUACGUGAACUAGGUCAAGAACACAAAGUAAAACAUACAUGUACAAUGACAUUGCACACUGAAGGCAUUGGAUAUUCAGAUUUGGAUGAAUUAAUCAGUAACCCCUGUGAUCUGGAAUUUAUUUUAGAACUUAUAAAAGUAGAGAGGUCAGAUGAGUAUGAGAAAGAAGUAUGGCAACUUAGUACAAAAGAACGACUAGAACUGAUUCCGUCACUUAAAGAAAAAGGCAAUAAAUUUUAUUCUGAAAGACAAUAUGAUAAGGCUGAAGAAACUUACAGUCAAGCAAUAGCCAUUUGUGAGCAGCUUAUGCUAAGAGAGAGGAAGACUGAUCCAGAAUGGAUAAACUUAAACAACAUUAAACUGCCAAUUUUACUUAAUUAUGCUCAGGUUAAACUUGUUCAAGGAAAUUUUUAUGCAGUUAUUGAACAUUGCAGCACAGUUCUAGAGUUUGAUAAGGACAAUGAAAAAGCUUUAUAUAGACGAGCAAAGGCCCAUGUCGGAGCGUGGAACCCAGACCAAGCCGAAGAAGAUUUCAAGCAUCUAAAAGCUAUUAAUCCAUCGUUUGCAACAGCCGUGGAUAAAGAAUUAGAGAACAUUAAAAAAAUGCGAAAGCAGAAAUCACACCAGGAUAAAGACGCUUUAAAAAAUUUGUUUCCAAAAGAAAACGCAGGAAUU